ACUAGCGUUCAGUCGAGUCGAGUCGCGUAGCGCAGUCAGUAGUGUUGGGUUCGCGUACGCCGUCGCCGUCCGUGUGUGUAGUGAAGCAGCAGUAGCAGUGUGUAAAGAAGUGAUGAAAUCGACAGAACGACAGACCUCCGCAGAAGGAUGAUCAGAUGCAUACCAUUUGCAGCAGCCAUCAACCAUGUUCACACCCGUAGGCUAGUGUUUUUAAUCGUGUAACCAGAAGCGUAAUCGCAGGAAACCCCGCUGGUAGUGAAGUGUAACGAAAGAUCAUCGCCAGACUACAGUGAAGUGCAGUUGAGUGAUCAGUUUUCGGGAGUGUCCGAUUUUAGUGAAUGGUACAAGUCCUGGAAAGGUGGACCGAAAAGUUUCAAGCUAAAGCCAGACCCUGUGGAUAUUGGCUGAGUUUAGUGGCUGUGUGUGGGAUCGGCGAUUGCAAAAUGUUGCCCUCUUGGAGGGAGUCUGGCUUGACCAGACGUUGUACACUAGUUUUGGUGUAGUUAUUUUUUUUCGUGUGAAAGUAUCCGAGAGUCGAGGGGCGAGUUCCUUACCAAGGAACCGAGAAAGGAGAAAAAACCAACAAAGUGCAAAAGUUUUACCAAGGGGCACCCACUGCGGUGAAGUUAUUGCAAAAAAAGUGAAGUGCAGAGGCAAAAACGAAGCAAAAAUUGAUUGAUACAUUCGGCCGAUGAUGCGCUGCUGUUGUGCCGGAAAUAUUGCUGCUGUUGGCCCCGCUAAUUCGUCCAAUUCGCAUACUAGACUCGAUAAGAACUCAUAGCAAUGGAGCGAAUCCAGUGGUGCAGUAUCAUCCUUAUCAUCCUCAUUAAGAUUCUGUGCGCGCAGCCACUGGCAAACAGCAACUUCCCGCUGAAGGGAACAAAUGGCACAGAGAACCUUAGCAGUCGACUAGUUAGUCAAAUAGUUUUUAAUUCUACCCUCAAUCAUCUGGCGGUGGACCGGACCAGUGGCAUGGUCUAUGUCGGUGCCGUCAACAAGUUGUACCAGAUUUCCGGCGACCUGAACAUCAUCGCCGCCGUUACGACCGGUCCGCACAACGACUCGAACGAAUGUUCCAUCCUGGAGUGUCCGUCGGACAUUGUCCGGCGCCCGACCGACAACUGGAACAAAGUGCUGCUGAUCGAUCAUUCGGCGAACAAUCUGAUCGUGUGUGGAUCACUGUUCCAGGGCAUCUGCCACAUCCGGUCGCUGCAUAACGUCAGCAUCGUCGAGCACGAGGUACAGGAAGCGGUUGUGGCCAACGUAGCCAAUGCCAGUACGGUGGCAUUCAUUGCUCCGGGGCCACCGGUUCCGUCGGAGAACAACGUCCUGUAUGUGGGCGUUACGUUUACGGGAAACUCACCGUACCGGAGCGAAAUACCGGCCGUGGCAUCGAGGAGUUUGGCACGCGAUAAACUCUUCCAGAUCGCAUCGUCCGCCGUGACGACCGGAACGCGUAUCUUUGUCAAUUCGUUCGCCCGUGAAUCCUUCCUCAUCAACUACGUGUAUGGGUUCAGUUCCGAGCGGUUCUCGUACUUCCUCACCACCCAGUACAAGAGUAGUGCGCACAACACCCCAAAAGAACUGAUCACCAAACUGGUCCGGAUCUGCCAGGAUGACUCCAACUACUACUCGUACACGGAGAUCCCGGUGGACUGUAUCAGCGAGAGCACCAAAUUCAACAUCGCCAAUGCCGCUUACGUUGGCAAACCCGGUCCGGAUCUGGCGGAAAAUCUUGGCAUCACCACCGAAGAUGACGUUCUGUUUGCGGUAUUUUCGGAAAGCAACGACUCGAAAAACGUCAACAAAUCCGCCAUGUGUGUGUAUUCGCUGAAAGCGAUCCGCCGGAAGUUUAUGCAGAACAUCAAAUCAUGCUUCAACGGACAUGGACACCGAGGCCUCGAUUACAUCUCGGUUAACAUGCAGUGUGUGACAACAAAGCUGCAAACGAUAAGCGAAGAUUUCUGCGGUCUCGAUGUGAACUCUCCGCUGGGGGGUGAACAGGCGAUCGCCUCCAUUCCGGUCCUGUUGUCGGAGCUGAAAAUGACUUCGAUCGCGGUGACCACAACCUCCAAUUUCACCGUCGUCUUCAUCGGGACACUGACGGGGCAGCUGAAAAAGGUUGUCAUCGAAUCGUCCAGCGCGGCCCAACAGUACGCCCUGAUGAAUGUGGACGUCGGCAACAAAAUCCAGCCCGACAUGUCGCUGGACAGUGUAAAAUACGAUCUGUACUUGAUGUCAAAGCAUAAGCUAUUUAAGAUUAAGGUCUAUGAUUGUUCGGUGUAUACCACGUGUGUUGCAUGUCUAUCGGCGAAGGAUCCCUUCUGCGGCUGGUGUUCCCUAGAGAAUAAGUGUAGUCCGAAAAGUGAGUGUCAAGAUAAUUUUAAGGAUCCCCUGUCCUGGCUCAGUUACAAGUCCGGCAAGUGUACCACCAUCACGAGCGUCAGUCCCAGUCAGUUGCAGCGUACGACCGCCCGGACGCUGGAACUGAUGAUCGAGAAUCUACCGAACCUCAAGGAAGCGCUGGUGUGUGCGUUCACCUUUGCCAACAUGGAAAAACCCAUCAUCACCAAUGCAACGAAGAAACGGAACGGCGUCAACUGUACGACGCCCCGCACUGACCUACUGCCUCAGAUAGGAUAUGGAAAGAAUCAUUUCAACGCGCAACUUUCGAUCAAAACCUCCCAGGGACCGGACAUCGUGUCGACCAAGUUCACCUUCUUCGACUGCAGCACCCACCUGUCCUGUACGCAGUGCGUCUCGUCGCAGUUUCCCUGUGAUUGGUGCGUCGAGGCCCACCGUUGUACGCACGAUACGGCGGAAAACUGUCGCAACGAUAUCCUGGUGACCGGGAUAAGCCGGAUCGGGCCGAGUUACCGUUCGGGACCGGGUUUCUGUCCGACCAUCAACGUCACCGGUGACGGGCCGGAGAUACUGGUUCCGGCCGGGUCGAAGAAAUCCGUUAAAGUUAAGGUGCAUAUCAUCGGUCAAUUCAUCGUCCAGACGCGGUUCGUGUGUCAAUUCAACGUAGAGGGCCGGGUGACGAGCGUCAACGCACAGCUGCUGGGUGACACCAUCUACUGUGACGCGAUGGAAUUUUCCUAUACGGCCAAAACGCCGAAGCUGACGGCGACGUUCGCCGUUAUUUGGGGCGGUUCGAAGCCGCUAGACAAUCCUAAUAAUAUUCAUGUCGUAAUUUAUCGCUGUAGAGACAUGUCCGAUAGUUGUGGUGUUUGCUUGGCGUUAGAUGAAAAGUAUAAAUGUGGUUGGUGUUCGUCGUCUAAUACGUGUGAAGUGGAAGACCAGUGCGGCAUUUCCGGAAAGGUCGAAGGCCAGGAGAAGAAGGACUGGUUGAACAAUCAGCAAACCUGUCCGAACCCGGAAAUUCAUUCGUUCGACCCGAAAACGGGCCCGUGGGAGGGCGGAACGAACAUCACCAUCCGGGGAAUCAAUUUGGGCAAGAAGUUUGAGGAUGUGUACGGUGGAAUCAAAAUCGCCGGAAUCGAUUGUAUGCCGUUCCGCGAGCUGUACGUCCAGACGAAGGAGAUCGUGUGCAAGGUGGAUGGACCGGGUGUCAAGAGUCAUCGAUCGGGACGGGUUGUGGUGCAAAUUUCCGACUUCCGUGGUGAAUCGACGUAUGAUUUUGUGUUCGUUGAUCCGGAGAUUACGGAUUUUGGGCCGAAGUUUGGACCAGUGGCGGGCGGUACGAUUAUAAAGAUUGUCGGAAAAGAUUUGAACACCGGAAGCCGGGUGAACGCGUUUCUGGAUCAACAUCCCUGCGAGAUUUUGAGCACCGACGAAACGGAGGCCACCUGUCGGACUACGUCCGUUCCCGAUCAGAUGCAGGGUAAACUCCGGAUGGAGUUUGACAACGGUGUCCGUGAGUUCAGUGGCGAUAACUUUGAGUACGUGGAGAAUCCUUCGAUUGACUACGUUACUUCCGGGGAUCCGGGACAGACGAGAACGGCUAGAGGAAUCCCAGCCGGUGGCAUCAAGAUCUUCGUGUUCGGUCAAAACUUUUUCUCGAUUCAAAAACCGAAAAUUUACGUCUACUAUCGGGAUCAGAUUUUCCUGAACGAAUGUUCGUCGAUUUCGAACAAAGAAAUGCAUUGCAACUCGCCGGAGAUUGAUCUGCAGGACGAGGAUUCGUUCCAGUCGGACGAACCGCUCCAGCUGGAGUACGGUUUCAUCAUGGAUGACGUCCGGUUGGUGAAGAAUCUUUCGGCCAAGCUGGGAAGUCGUUUCGAACUGUACCCGAAUCCGGUUUACUAUCCGUUCGAGGAGAAUUUGAAACACUUCAACAGUGAGUAUUUGACCAUCAACGGUAAGAAUCUGGAUCGAGCCUGUAAGGAAAGUGAUGUGCUAGUACGGAUCGGAGAGAACGCCAUCUGUAACAUAACCUCGUUGUCUCCGAGGCAGUUGACUUGUCGACCACCGACGGAUCAGGAGAUUAAGAAGGUCAACGUGAAAGUGGUGAUCGGAAAUUCGCUGACGUACGACAUCGGCUACAUGAGUUAUUCGUCGGCCAGUAUUUUGCCGUCGAUCAACAACAAAGCGGUAACGCUUAUCGUGACGAUCGGAUCGAUCAUUUUCUUCGUCAUCUUCAUCGGAUUGGUGAUCGCGUAUCGGAAGAAAACAAGCGAGAACAAUCGGGUGCUGAAGAACAUGCAGGAACAGAUGGACAUCCUGGAGCUGCGGGUGGCAGCCGAAUGUAAGGAAGCUUUCGCCGAGUUGCAAACGGAAAUGACGGAUCUGGGUGGGGACAUCACUUCCGGUGGUAUUCCCUAUCUGGACUACCGGACGUAUGCGAUGAAAAUACUGUUCCCGAACAACGACGAUCACGUGGUGCUGCAGUGGGAGAAACCCGAGCUACUGCGGAAAGAGAAGGGGCUUCGGUUGUUCGGUCAGCUGGUGAUGAACAAAACGUUCUUGCUGUUGUUUAUCCGAACUUUGGAGAGUAAUCGAUAUUUUUCCAUGCGAGAACGAGUCAACGUGGCUUCGCUGAUCAUGGUUACCCUGCAGAGUAAGCUGGAGUACUGCACCGAUAUUCUGAAGACGUUGUUGGCCGAGCUGAUCGAAAAGUGCAUCGACGGCAAGAGUCAUCCGAAGUUGCUGUUACGACGUACGGAAUCCGUAGCGGAAAAGAUGCUAUCGGCGUGGUUCACCUUCCUGCUGUACAAGUUCUUGAAGGAGUGCGCCGGAGAACCGUUGUACAUGUUGUUCCGUGCGGUGAAAGGUCAAAUCGAUAAGGGUCCGGUAGAUGCGAUUACCCACGAGGCAAGAUAUUCCCUUAGUGAGGAAAAGCUGAUUCGGCAGAUGAUCGAAUUCAAGGUCCUGACGGUGUACGCGAGCAUCACGCAGCCUCCGAUUCUGUGCAAUAACGUUGAAAUGAUUCCGACCAAUACGGAAAACAUUCCGGUGAAGGUGUUGGACUGUGACAGCAUCGGUCAGGUGAAGGAGAAAUGUUUGGACACCAUUUAUAAGGCCAUCCCGUGCAGCCAGCGGCCCAGAAAGGAAGAUCUGGACCUAGAGUGGCGAACCGGAAGCUCCGGCCGUGUGAUCCUCUACGAUGAGGAUUCUACCUCGAAGACUGAUGGCGAGUGGAAGAAGCUCAAUACGUUGCACCAUUAUCGCGUGAACGACGGCGCCUGUCUGAGUCUGGUGCCGAAGGAAAGCUCCAUCUACAACAUUACACUGAUAGGGGAAAAAUACUCGGAGAAAAUCCACAAAUAUGAAACACUAAACAUAUCGAAGUACGUUUCACCGUCGCCACCGUUCAGCCGGGCCGGCAGUCCGAUGAACGUGGACAUGCAGGAGAACAGCAUCAAGUACUGGCACCUGGUGAAGCACCACGACAGCGAUGGUUCGAAGGAGGGCGAACGGGUCAACAAGAUGGUGUCGGAGAUCUAUCUGACCCGACUGUUGGCCACCAAGGGCACCCUUCAGAAGUUUGUCGACGAUCUGUUCGAGACGAUCUUCAGCACUGCACAUCGAGGUUCCGCACUACCACUAGCAAUAAAGUACAUGUUCGAUUUCCUAGAUGAUCAGGCUCUCUUGCAUGGCAUCACCGAUCCGGAAGUGGUGCACACCUGGAAGAGCAACAGUUUACCGUUGCGCUUCUGGGUGAACCUCAUCAAAAAUCCUAACUUUGUGUUUGACAUACACAAGUCAAACAUAGUGGAUUCUUGCCUGUCGGUUGUGGCUCAAACCUUUAUGGACUCUUGUUCUACAUCAGAUCAUAGGCUAGGGAAAGACUCACCUAGUUCUAAGCUUUUAUACGCUAAGGAUAUUCCAUCGUACCGCGAGUGGGUGGAGCGGUACUACAGUGACAUUCGGGAGAUGGCUGCCAUAUCGGAUCAGGAUAUGAACGCGAUGCUUGCCGAGGAGUCACGGGUAAGUCUCCAUACGACCGAGUUCAACACGAACUGUGCCCUGCACGAGCUGUACUCGUACGCGGUCAAAUACAACGAGCAACUGACGGUCACCCUGGAGGAGGACGAAUUCUCGCAGAAGCAACGGCUUGCCUAUAAACUGGAGCAGGUGCACGGUAUUAUGUCGGCGGAGUAGACGUCGGAUGGGUGGGACAGGACGGGACGGGGCGCUACUGAAUUGUGUAAGCUAUUAGUAACAGAAACAGAAAAAAAACAGCAAAACAAAACAAAACAUUAUUAAGUGGAGAGUGUGAAAUUUAUUGUCGAAGCAAAACAAAAACAAAAAACAAAAGUAA